UUUCUUCCAGGGCGUGUGCAUAGGGGCAGAGGGGAGUGAAGUCCACAGUUCCAAUUUUAGUGUAUGUGCUGUAGAAGCGAGCUCUUGUCCACAGUUCCCCUUCUAAUAGAGGUAGAAGGGACGCGGGGAAACCACCUGGCGUCGCUCUUCCGAUUGCUGAGCAAGAGCGCCCUUUAAUGCCGCAGGCCGGCGCCCUUCACUGGUAAACGACUGGGGCCGGGCCUCGGCCUGGAAGAGGCGUUAGUCCUCUCCGUGACCUCAGGUCGUAAAUGAGGACACCGAAGCUCGGGGUUGGGCGAGAACCCAGCCCACCGACCAUGCCCGCGGGCGUGCCCACGUCCACCUACGUGAAAAUGCUCGCAGCCAGCCUCCUGGCCAUGUGCGCAGGGGCAGAAGUGGUGCACAGGUACUACCGACCAGACCUGACAAUACCUGAAAUUCCACCGAAGCGUGGAGAACUCAAAACAGAGCUUUUGGGGCUGAAAGAAAGAAAACACAAACCUCAAGUUUCUCAACAGGAGGAACUUAAAUAACUAUGCCAAGAAUUCUGCAAAUAACAUUCUAAGUCUUAAAUUUGUGUUUCUUAAUUUAUUGCAUCAAACUACUUGUCCUUAAGCACUUAGUCCAAUGCUAACUGCAAGAGGAGGUGCUCAGUGGACGUUUAACUGAUAUGCUGAAAUAUAUACUUCCUGAAAACUGCCAAAGCACAUAUCAGCUUCAUGAAUAUGGUUUGGAAGAUGUUUAGUCUUGAAUAUAAUGUGAAAUAGAAUAUUUAUAAGUCCAUUAUAUGGGUUGUCUUUAUUUCAUAUAUAUUAAAAAAAUCAUGUAAAACUGGUUUCAUUAAUUGAAUUUGCUAAGUGGAGUUAUUUCUCAUUGCUAAACUGAUAUUUUCAAAUUCUGAAUCUCUACUAACUUUAGUAAAUGAACAUCAAAGUGGUGAGCUUUGAUAAUAUGUUUUAUGGAUACAAAAUCAUUAUCACCUUAUCACUCUCUAAAAUGAAAGGCCUGGGGCAUUGCUCACCUUUUGUGUGAAGAAAAGACCUGCCCUUUAGGGCCAGUUUGUGCUUAAGGGGAGGAUAGACCAUCACUUAGUGGACGUUUUAGAAGCACCGCAUACCUUCCUUUUACAGGUACAGAGUAAGUGGUUUGGCUACUGCUACUGAGGGAAAGAGUCAUGAUUUGAAUCUGAGUCUCCGGUAAAAUAAUGGCUUCAUGAAGGUGAAAAAUCAGUUUUAUGGUUAUUAAAGUAAAAAUUUACCUCGAGUAAAAA